AUGGCGCCGAAGUUAACAAAGAGAACUUCAGCGGGCCCGGGAAACAAGCGAGGUACGCGGGCUCGCACCGCGGCGGCGAAGGUUCAGGAGGAGGUUGAGGUUACGGAGGCAGUGACGGUUGAGGAAAAAACGUUGCCGGUAGCUGUGGAGGAGAAUGAGAGGGACCCCGCGGUAAGCAUGGGUGAUAAAGGAACGAAGCUGGCUGUAGCUAUCGAGGACAAAGAGACGGAGCCUGAGGAUAAGGCUGAGACAAAAAACGCGACGGAAGAAAUUGAAGAUGAUUAUGCCAAGAAGGACAUUUAUGCUAAUGUAUCCAUUGAUGAUUAUGAGAGAGAUGAGCAUUUGGACUUGGAGGAUAAUGACCCUGAGUACGAACCCGAAGAAUAUGGAAGUGUAGAUUACGAUGAUAAGGAAAUUGAGCAAGAUCCUCAAGAAGACAGAGGUGACGCAGAGGAAGAUCCUGAGGAGGUGGAUGUUGGUGAUGACGAGGGUGAUUUGGUUGAGGAGGAAGUGGAAGUUGUCCCUGAAGAACUUGAACCGGAGGAAGAAGAUGAGCAUGCAGGUGAGUAUCAUGCUGAGACGUAUGAUGCUGCUGAGCGUGAAGAACAUCAUGAAGUUGUCAAGGAGAGACGAAAAAGAAAGGAGUUUGAAAUUUUUGUUGGGGGAUUGGACAAGGAUGCUACUGAGAGUGAUCUUAGGGAAGUUUUCAGUGAAGUUGGUGAAGUUACUGAAGUUAGACUUAUGAUGAAUACUCAGACAAAGAAGAACAAGGGUUUUGCUUUCUUGCGUUUUGCAACUGUGGAGCAAGCGAAACGAGCUUGUGCUCAGCUGAGGAAUCCAGUGAUUAAUGGCAAGCAGUGUGGUGUUUCCCAAAGCCAGGACAGUGAUACUCUAUUUGUGGGUAACAUAUGCAAGACAUGGACAAAAGAAGCUUUGAAAGAAAAGCUAAAGCAUUAUGGUGUUGAGGGUCUUGAGGAUUUGACAUUGGUUGAAGACAGUAACAACGUGGGGUCAAAUAGAGGCUUUGCCUUUCUGGAGUUCUCAUCCCGGUCUGAUGCCAUGGACGCUUUCAAGCGUCUACAGAGAAGGGAUGUAAUGUUUGGAAUAGAUAGGCCUGCAAAAGUUUCUUUUGCUGACUCCUUCAUUGACCCUGGUGAUGAAAUAAUGGCUCAGGUUAAGACUGUUUUUAUCGAUGGUAUAUCUGCCUCAUGGGAUGAGGAACAUGUGAAGGAUCUUCUCAAGAAGUAUGGGGAGAUUGAGAAAAUUGAGCUUGCCCGUAAUAUGCCAUCAGCCAGGAGAAAGGAUUUUGGAUUUGUUACAUUUGGCACCCAUGAUGCAGCUGUUAUUUGUGCAAAAAGCAUCAACAAUGAGGAGCUGGGUGGAGGAGAUAACAAGGCUAAAGUUAGGGCCAGAUUGUCAAGACCCCUUCAGAGAGGCAAGGGGAAACAUGUUGCUCGAGGUGACUCGCGGCCUGGGCGUGGGUCGGUAAGAGGUGUUAGGAGCCCUUGGAGUGGUUCAAUUCACCGUAGUGUUUCAUUGCGCGGGUCUAGAGGAAAUGGACCACGUAUUCCUCCUGUAGCAGAUCGUAGGCACGGACGACCUGCUGACAUUAGGGAUAGAAGACCAGUCCCAGCUCCUCCUUCCAGAAGCAGGCCUGCUGCUCCCUUACCAAGGUCCUAUGAUAGGAGGCUGCCACCUGUUCCUUCGUACUCCAAGAGCGGUUUGAAGAGGGACUAUGGCCACCGGGAGGACCUUCAUCCUAGAAGCAGAGCCGCUGUAGACUACAGCUCUCGGGAAGUUUCAGCUAGGCGUCUGCAAUAUAGAGAUGAUUAUCCUCCUCGUCCAUCUGCUUACCCUGAUUAUCCUAGAGGUGAUGCAUCAAGAUCUGCAGCCAGACGACCUUAUAUUGAUGAUGGCUACAGUCAAAGGUAUGAAAGGGCACCAAGUUACAGGGAUGCACGUGAUCGUGAAUACGAUUCUAUGGCUGGUUCUAAACGCCCAUAUGCUGCCUUGGAUGAUGCUCCCCCACGCUAUUUGGAAACUGGGAUGCGUCACUCUCGUCCACGUGUAGAUUAUGAUUCUGGCAGCGGAGUUUCUCACUAUGGUGAUCCUUACAGUGAUAGGUUUGAGAGGUCAAACAUUGGGUAUGGUGGAAGUCGAGGCUCUUUGCCAAGUCAAGAGUCCCAUGGGUUUUACAGUGGUCGUCAAGAAAUGGGUUACGAUGGAGGCCCUUAUGGUGGUAGUGACUUUGGUGGGAUGUACUCAUCAAACUCUGGUGGUGGUUAUAUGUCUCGUGGGAGUAAUGUUGACACUAGCUCCUAUUCUUCACUUUAUUCUGGGCGAGGUUUAGGUGGACAUAGUUAUAUGGGAAGCAGUGGUUCCAGGCUGCUGAAGGAGAGUAAUAUGUUGUACUUAUGGCUUUUGGUUUACAUGACCACCAUCUUAAACAGUAGUUUAUGCCUCUUUUGA